UUGUCUCUUCCUCUCGUUUCCUUCCGAGAUCUGAUCAGAUCUCUCUUUCUCUCUCAAAAUCUCGGAUCUGAUUCGAGAGAUACGAUGGGGCUGACAUUCACGAAGCUUUUCAGCCGUCUGUUCGCGAAGAAGGAGAUGAGAAUCCUGAUGGUGGGCCUCGACGCCGCUGGUAAAACCACCAUUCUGUACAAGCUCAAGCUUGGAGAGAUCGUCACCACCAUCCCCACCAUCGGUUUCAAUGUAGAAACUGUGGAAUAUAAGAAUAUCAGCUUCACUGUUUGGGAUGUUGGGGGUCAAGAUAAGAUCAGACCACUAUGGAGGCACUAUUUCCAAAACACACAGGGCCUUAUUUUUGUUGUUGACAGCAAUGACAGAGACCGUGUCGUUGAGGCAAGGGAUGAGCUCCACAGGAUGCUUAAUGAGGAUGAAUUGCGAGAGGCCGUGUUGCUUGUUUUUGCUAACAAGCAGGACCUUCCUAAUGCAAUGAAUGCUGCUGAAAUCACUGAUAAGCUUGGCUUGCAUUCCCUACGCCAGCGACACUGGUACAUCCAAAGUGCAUGCGCUACAACUGGUGAGGGAUUGUAUGAAGGGCUUGAUUGGCUCUCCAACAACAUUGCGAACAAGGCUUGAAACAGUCACUGUGCUUUGUUCAGUCAGGGAUUACAUUGCAGGCAUUCGUCUUUUUACAGAUGGGUGAACACAGCAUUGCAGACUUCGAAAACCAUCUAAUUUUUUUAGUAUUAUUUCUAUGAACUCCGUAUUCCUUUUUGUGUUUGUGUUUGUGCAAUUUCUUCUCAAAAUGAAAUCUUGUUAUCGGUUUAUAGGACUGUAAAAUCCUUUUUGUUAUGGGUUUGUUUGGAUAUUUUUCGUAUACAAAUUGUAUUUUGUUUGUCU